AUAAUUUUCUUUUCGCAUAAAUAAGUGAAAGUCAUCGUACGCGCGAUGAAUUCCACCUGUAUAGAAAUCAUUUAUUUCAUUCCAAUAUCUUGUGCACGCACGUUUGGAACAUUUCUCUCUCUUUUUUCUUUUUAGCUUUUGUAAUUUCAUUGCGACGAAUACUCUAUUUUUGCUAACUAUCCCGCAAUGCUAUGUUCAGGUGUAUAUAGGCUCGUGUACUCGUGUUAGCGGGUAUCGAGUAACCUAUCUAAGCAGCAUCUACACGCAAAUCUUUAUUUAAAAAAAGAAAAGAAAAUGUGAUAUGGCUAUCUAAUCGCGGCACAUGAUUGCAUGUCGCUAUAACAGUAAUGUAAUUUAAAUGUGCUUUAACGCAGAUCGAGUUGACCGAUAAAAAAUGAUUCACGAUAGUCCAACAGCGAGAUGCGAAAAAAAGUGAAUUUAAAUUAACCGACGGCGGUUAGUAACAAUUUAAUAAGAAACACAGACACAACGAAAGCCAAAGGAUAUCGGAAAUUUCAUUCAUACAAGGUGUACUCUGUUGACACGUGUAAAUAUUUGAUCAAUGCGUCGAACAAAGUCGAAUACUGUACCCUCUUGUCUUUGAUCCAACUUUGAUUCAAAGAUUUCAUUAUUUUUGAAAGUGCCUUCCGCCCUUGAACGCAAACAAUGAGAGACGGAAUAAGAUUACGUCAUGUUUCCAAAAGAUCUGCCAGUGAUGUGCUGUACGAGGAUAAAGUUUCUUCAAAGAAGAAAGAAGUACUGCCAAAUGAAACUCAACAUUUACUUUUUUUGUUUACAUUCUAUCUGUUUGUAUCCAUUAUCAUCAUUACAUUCGAGAAGAAAUUGCCCGAGCCAUUGAUGAUAAAUAAAGAAAUUCUACAUCCGGGGAGAUUUAUAGCUGAAAGAGCGCAUAAUCAUCUCCUGAAUAUCACGUCCAUCGGGCCACGAAUUGUUGGAAGUUACGAGAACGAGGUGUUGGCAAUUAAAUAUUUAAGAAACAUUAUCAGUAACAUAGUUAAAAAUGCCAAUGAGAAUCAUAAGAUUGCGGUUAAUGUAACCAAGCAUAGUGGAGCUUUUCCUUUGAAAUUUCUGGAUGGAAUGACAAAUGUAUAUAGAAAUGUACAAAAUGUCAUUGUUAAGAUUGGUCCUCAUAGACAUACGCAAAGCAGUUUAUUGAUAAAUUGUCAUUUCGAUACUUUUCCAGAAAGUCCUGGUGGUUCUGAUGAUGGAGCUAGUUGUGCUGUGAUGUUAGAAAUUUUACGUGUGAUUUCUCAUAGCCCAAAGUUGUUAAAGCAUAAUGUUAUAUUUUUGUUUAAUGGUGCUGAAGAAAACUUAUUACAGGCAUCUCAUGGUUUUAUAACACAACAUCCUUGGGCUAAGGAAGUACGAGCUUUCAUAAAUUUAGAAGCUUGUGGUGCAGGCGGUCGUGAAUUAUUAUUUCAGGCUGGUCCUGAUAGCUCCUGGAUGCUUCAGAUAUAUGCUAAAUCUGUUCCUUAUCCCUAUGCAUCAUCUUUGGCCCAAGAAAUAUUUGAAAGUGGUAUUGUACCUGGAGAUACUGACUUUCGAAUAUUUAGAGACUUUGGAAAUGUUUCUGGUCUUGAUUUUGCUUGGGCAACCAAUGGUUAUGUAUACCAUACUAAAUUUGAUAAUAUUCACCAAAUACCAUUGGGAUCUCUACAAAGAACUGGAGAUAAUAUACUUGCUUUAUUAGAAGGAAUAGUGUUAGAUAAUUAUUUAUCUGAGGUGCCACUUCAAGAUCAUACGGGGAAUCCUGUGUUUUUUGACUUUUUAGGCAUAUUUGUAGUUAGGUGGCCACAGUAUGUGGCAAGUACAAUUAAUAUGAUUAGUAUAGCCGCUGGCAUAUAUUCAAUAUAUUUAAAUAUGCGAAAUGCUCGACGAGAUGUAAAGAAGCCAAUGUAUUUAAAACAUUUAUUAUUAUGCACCGGAGCAAUAGUCGUUUCAUGGAUGGUGUCUAUAUUUUCAUGUACGUUAAUUGCCCUUAUUCUUACUAAACUUGGAAAAGUUAUGAGUUGGUAUGCGAGACCAGCAUGGUUGUUUUUCCUAUACGUAGUUCCAACUAUUUUCGUAUCAAUGACAUUUUUCUUAUUUCUUGGAUCACGUCAAAAGAAGGAAGUUAAAUCUGCGUGGGUUUUGUACCAAAUAUACUGUGAUUCGUACUCUUUAAUAUGGAUAUCUGUUCUUUUCUAUUGUGUUAUAUUUGAAAUACGGUCUGGUUUUAUACCAUUACAUUGGGUCGUAUUCCCGACUGUUGGAAAUAUUGUUCGAUGUAACUUCUUUAAUAAGUGGAGAGGUUGGAAAUGGCUGUUUUAUUAUUUAAUAACGAUGUGUCUACCUUACAUACAAUCAUUUUACUUAGUAAUUGGCGCUCUUUAUCUUUUUAUUCCCAUAAUGGGGCGAUCUGGUAGCAGCAUAAAUUCAGAAGUUGUUAUGGCUAAUAUGUUGUGCAUUCUCUUUUCCUUAUUACUUAGUUUCACGUUACCAUUUGUACUUUUAAUAAAAAAUGCGGAGAGAAUCCUAAGCGUGUUAGUGGGAAUAUUUUUGAUAACUGUAGGGGUAUUAAUUUUGACUCCGCUUGGCUUUCCUUAUAGCGGUGAUUUAUCGUCGUUGGCACCGGAGAGAUUUAUGAUUGCGCACACACAAAGACAAUAUUACGAUAUAAAUGGUAAUUUACGGCAAUCUGGGACAGGUUAUUGGAUAGCUGAUUUAGACAUGAAUAGCCCACAUAGCGUGGAAGCUAUGGUACCUGAAAUAGGUGCUGUAACAUCAACAAUAAAAGAUUGUGAAAAAGAAUUAUAUUGCGGUCUACCAUAUUUUAUGCCUGUUACGACAUUUUUAUGGAAAACAAGCUGGAUUCCAGGUCCUGCACCGUUGAUUACUAUACCGACAAAACUUGAACUCGUUUCAAAGUCUAUAAAACAAAAUAGUGUUAGUUUUACCUUCAACGUUACAGGUCCCGAUCAUAUAAGUAUAAUUUUAUCUCCGUACAAAGGUGUUCAUUUAAGAAAAUGGUCUAUUUUGGAAGGAAAACCGUUAGAAGGACCUAAAUGGAAUGAUAGAGAAACUUAUUUCAUCUAUUAUUCUUGUGCAUCUGAUUGUGUUCCGUUUACAUUUUCUCUUGAAUUGAAUGUAAAUAGUUCGCCGAAAACUCAAUACUUAUCAGUAGCACUGGGUGGUCACUUUUUACAUGGUGAACAUCAAACAUCUUUAAGAUUUAAACGAUUCUUGGCACAAUUUCCGUCGUGGACAGUCGUCACCCCAUGGACAGCUACGUAUACCUCUUGGCAAUUUUAAUAUCACACGUAAAACUGCUUAUUCUCUACCGAUUCUCUGAAUGCAUUUUCGUGCAAACGGUUAACGACAGCCUAACAGAAACGGCACUGUACUACGUUUAAAAGAUACAUAAUACCUAACAAUGCAAAUUAUAAGCUUAAGAAUUAGAGUAAUCCCAUAUUAUACAUGCUAAUUCUUUGCAAUUGCAAUAUAACAAAAUACAUCGAGUAAAAUUUAGGAGGAAAAAAAAUGUUGAAGAAUGAAACGUUUUUCAUUCUAUUUAUAUAUAAAUUUUUUACUAGCACGUUAUUAGAUCGAAAGAAAUUUUUGAGAUAGGGCUAAGUUAAGGUAGAACGAUGCGAAGAUAAUAAUUGUAAAAAUUUUCGAUUGUAGUUAUCGUAAGCUACCGUGAUUUAGCAUAUCAAACGUAUGCCUUAGAACCAUAGCUUUAUUUAAUUUUUAAAUGCCAGAGAAACAACAAUCUUAAUCUGUAAAAGCAGAUAGUAGUCCGAAAGGUAUAGAAAUACUGCAAAGCGAUCACCAUGUGAUGAUUAUCUUUUUAUUGUUAUUCUUACGGUCGAGAAUAUUGUUCAUCGAAGCAACGUGACUAUGUGCAUUUUAUGAUCCUGUGUGGGAUAGUUUAGAAGCACAAACGCGCAAUAGUCUGCUUUGUCAUAUAUUAUCGUAUUAAGGUAUCUCUCGAUUCAAUUUAAAGCGAAAUUAAUCUAUAGCAUUUCAAUGUUCUCACCAUCGAAUUUUAUAGUUAAUUGCAUACAUUUACGUAUUCGUGUUUUUAAUAAACUUUGUUGAGUUUUUUUUUUUGUAUUCUAACGAUUGUUUCUAAUGAGAAUCAUAUCGGAUUUAUUAUAUUUAUUAGAUAUUAUAUUUAUUAGAAUUCAAGUGAUUUGUUAAUGUUGAUCCUUUUAUAAGGAUAAGUUGGGCUGUUGAUGUUUUAUCAAGUUACGUUUUUGAAGGAGAAACAAUUCUUUCAUUUCCAAGAGACUGAAGUUACUAUGUAAUUGUUAAUUUAUGUAAUGUUUUGUUUUUAUAUCCUUAACAAAUGUAUGCAACAUUUAUAAUUCAAAUUCAAUUUACAUAGGAUACGAAGCAGAGAGUAAAUAGUUCAAAAGAUUAAAACGCAUAUUUAAUUAAGAAAUAUUUACCGAAUUACACACGUUCAAGUUUAAUUAUAAGAAAAUGCCAAUAUUGAUAGCCAAUUUUGUAGUGAGAAGUUCAAAGUAUUAAUAGGAGAUAAUAUGAGAAAUAUAAUGAUAGUACUUUUACACCAAUGUAAAAGAGAAACAUAUUCAAAUGCAUGUUCAGCUUGUUACAAACGCAUUGAAAAAUUUAAUUUUCUACAAUUAACACUUGAUAAUCUUGAAUUCGGCUUCACUAGAUAGACAUCCUUGAUUAAAGAUUUAUUUCAGUCACAACAAAAGAUUGGAAUGUUUCAAAUCUUAUAUUUUACAUUCUUUGUGAUACUUCUUAUAAUCAGUUGAAUAGUUAAAAACAGGUGAUAUAUAGCGUGCAAUUUUUGUUGUUCUAUUGCACAAAUUAUUGUCAAUGAUUCUACUUAACGAUAUCGCACAACGUUAAACACAUCAAGGUAAUUUUGUUACAAUGUUAUUUACUAUGUAUUGUCAGAAAUAUUUGUCAAGAAUUGGUUAAGAGGAACUGACAUAAGGCAGUGGAUGUUGUUACGACUUUGUUGUCCCUCGAUUUUUUAUGUUUGCUUUUUAAGAAUUUAUGUAUUUAAAUAUCCUCGUAUUCCUAUUUCUUUCCAAUGUUCACAUUAUAAUGUUACAUACGCGUUAUUAUUGUUAUUUAGCGUUUCUUGGUAAACGACUAAAGUUUAACACAAAUGAACAAUAAAAGUGUUGACAAUUAAA